UCAUUUCAUUUCAUUCCUCUAUUUUUAGAUGGAAUGGAAUGAUUUAGGACCGGAAUAAGCUGAUGUAAACGCGUUAUUCAGGAAUGAAUUCGGUAUUGCCAAUCAGUAAUGUAGCAUAAGUUAGAUUAGUAUAGAGCAUUUGUAAGGUUAUGUUUUUUCAAGUUUAUUUUUAAACAAUUACUUGUAAUGUUUAUUGAUUAUUAACAAUAAGUACAAUAUAUCAAAUAUAUAAUGAGUAAAAGUAGAGAUAUUUGGUUGCCAAAUGAAGUAGAUAAGUUGUUAGAAUUAUUUAAAGAAGAGCAAAUAGCAGAUCUUAUGGAUUCCAAACAAAGUCGAGUUGACGACGUUUUUAAGUCUUUUGAAAAAAAAUUGAAUUAUCGGGGUGUAGUACGACCUGCUAAACAAAUUAAAAAUAAAUAUAAAAGUUUGAAACAAAGUUACAAUGCUACUUGUCGUGCACUUUCACAAAGCGGUGCUGGUACUUCAGUAAAGUGUCCAUAUUACAAUAAAUUGCACGAAAUACUUGGACACAGACCAGUCAGUGUCAAUCGUACACCUAGACGGUUAUGGAUGAAAAAUAGAAAUGCAUUUUGGUAGGAAGUGACUGUUAAAAGACAUUUUGAUGAU